AAAAUACUCUUAGACAAACAAAAAGUCAAUUUUAUCAACAUUAAAUCUCUCAAUUUAAUUUGUUCACUACCAUACCGUCUUUCAAUACAAUUCAAAGUUGAAAAUUCUAAAUCAAAACUCUAUAUAUACAUGAGCCUAUUAUAGCCUUUCCUCAAAAAAAAUAAAAUAAAAUAAAUAAAUAAAUAAAUAAAUAAAUAAAAUCUUAUUAUAGCCUUCAAUUCCACCUUAUAUCAACCCCUUACAUUAUUCUUCCUCAAAAUUCUUGUUGUAAAAGAUGGAAGCACAACAAGGAGAAAGACUUGAGCUGCUUACAACUCGGCUAUACGAUGCAGCACUUACAGGAGACGUACCAUCGUUGCGCAACUUGCUCCAACAAGAUCCACUUAUCCUCGAUCGAUGCAUCAUCGAGAAAUCAAGCCGUUUUAUGCAGUCACCAUUACAUGUGGCCGUUAAUCUCGGGUACUUAGAGUUUACAACUGAGGUAAUAACUCAAAAGCCCGAGCUAGCAGAAGAGCUUGAUCAACUAAAAAGAUGGUCACCGCUACACAUGGCCUCGGCGAAAGAGUACUUGGAGAUAGUUAGUGUGUUGUUAACUGCAAAUCCAAACAUGUGUUUCGCCCGCGAUAUAGAUGGUAGGAACGCAGUCCAUGUUGCGGCUAUAUACGGUCAAUUUCAAGUGGUUGAAGUGGUUCUUAGGGCCAAGCCAGAGGCUGCGCGAGAGCGGACUACGAGCGGCGAAAGUAUUUUGCACUUGUGUAUGAAACAUAGUCAGCCAGAGGUGUUUAAAUUUUUGGUACAAACAAUGGGAGAUGGUCAACUGCUUAACUCCAAGGACAGCGAUGGCAAUACCGUUUUACACCUAGCAGUGGCUGCAAAACAUUAUGAGAUUGAGGGUUCGGGAACUCGUCACGCAAUAUCUAGGCGUUUGAAUGCCUCAGUUAGGCGGGAGUCAGGCCGUUUAGGAAAUACGGCCGAACCGUUCGAUCACCAGCAGCAGUAUGGGUAUGCUGGUAACUGGUCGGGGGAGCAGCAGCCAGAACGUAGCAUCCCCAUGUACUCGUCGGGUGGAGUGCCUUCACCUUCAUCUGACGAUGAGGACGACGAGGCAAGUCAGGCUUCCCGCGAUCAAGAGUAUGACCCUCGUUAUUAUCAUACGGUGCAACGGGGUCAGACUGGGAGAUUUGUCAGCAGUAGUCAAACCAAUCACCCCUCCACCAGCACAUCAGAGGCAUGGGUAGUGCAGGAGGCGAUGCCAGGAGGUCCUGAGGAUGGGACCGUUAUCCCUAGCUUUGGGGGGCACGUGGCUGCGUAUAUAUGGGGCGGGCAGGAGCGUAAUGUUUUGCGUUGUUUGGGCAGGAUGCAAUUGUGUUCUGAGUUGGUCGCCUGGCGAGGUCGUCUUGCACAGGAGCAUCUGGAGUUGAUUGACAGUAGCGGUCUGUCUCACUUACCUGGGAUCAUGUUCAGGCGUUUGGAUUGGCCGCUGAUUUCAGCUUUUGUUGAGAGAUGGCAGCCAGAUACGAACACGUUCCAUAUGCCAUUUGGGGAGAUUACGAUCAUGCUGCAUGAUGUGUACUACAUACUAGGGCUUCGUAUAGAUGGUAGCAUGGUGUCCGCUACUCCCAGCACGGACACCCUACGGGACGCAUGCUCGAUCACCAUGGACUUGACUGCAGAGGAGCUGAAUGAGAAGAGCGGUACCAAGACCAUCUGGCAGGGGAGUGGGGUGCUGACGGAGAGGAUUGCGGAGUCGACCCUGGAGUCGCAGAGGCCUUUUAAUGUCUAUUACAGUGCCUACCUGUGGUUAGUGUUGGGCGGAUGUCUGUUUCUGGACAAGAGUGGUAACCGUACUCAUCCGUCCUUCCUCAGCGAGCUUGUUGUGGAUGAUCUGCCGAUCGAUGAGUACUCUUGGGGUUCAGCUGUUCUAGCGUAUUUGUAUCGGCAGUUGGGUACGGCAUCUAGGAAAGAUGCCGAUUCUAUCGCUGGUUGUCUCACACUUCUGCAGGCGUGGAUCUAUGAGUAUUUUCCAUGCUUCCGGCCUCAGCAGGGUACCUUGACUAGGGAGCUUAGUGUUCCGCGUGCCUCAGCUUGGGAUGUGGGAUCGGGAUGCCCCAACAAGAGCAUAGAGCGCCUCCUCGCAUUUAGAUCUAGAUUGGAUCAGCUGACCGAUAAUGAGGUUAACUGGCUCCCGUACGGGAUUGAUCCGGCACGUCACGUGCCAGCCACUUUAUUCAUCGGCUGCAUCCAGUAUCGAGGUAUCAUUGAGCCAUACAUGCCUGAUCGAGUCGUUCGUCAGCUGGGAUUCGUGCAGGACAUUCCGGGGACCAUUAUCAGGCCUGAGAAGGCUAAGAGGCCGACGAACUUGAAGAUGUAUCGGGUAGAGUUCCCGACUGAGAUGACAUCAGUGAUGUGGACUCGGUUUGUCCCUGGAUCGUCGUUCAGUGUUGUUCCCGGUGCCCUUACCCGACUCGGCGGUGGAGCUCCUACGGUCGGUCCUGGUUACAUGCAGUGGCUCUACCGAUUUUCGCAUCCUCGUAUUUCUCCGGUUGGGUCUUCAGCUGGGGACAGACUUCCAGAGAGGACUAACACGGACUACUGGAUGGGUCGUUCCUUGGAGAUUCACCGUAGGGCACUGGCGGAGUAUCCCAGCAUGUCGCCUGACACGAGGGGGAUGACUGAGCAGCUGAUUUUGGACUGGCAGGCGAGGAUGGGGCUGUGAUCCACUUCUGUUUUUGUUUACCAUUAGCUAGUCCAUCUGAAACUUUGUUUUGUAAAUAAAAAUAAUGUAAUUUCGAGUUUUGUUUCAA